UUUAAGUAAAAUGUGAAGCGGGUGUGCUUCGAAAUCCGCCAACUUUUUACAAAUGCAUACAAACUAGUUCUUUUUGAACCAGAAUCCAAGUGUUCUAUUUAAAGCUAUUCGUUAUUUGAAAAAUCGCUUAUUUUUUAAUUCUAAUUAAUUGCAUAUAACAGUUAGUUGUUGCCAUUUGCACAAUUAUUUUAUUUCAAAAAUGUAACAAAGAAGAAAUCUUAACUUCAGCUGCAUCAUAGUUAUAAUACCCUUCACAGUCUAAAAACUUAGCCGAGGUUUGCAUAUAGUGGAAAACAUUGUGCUGGUUCUUUAUAGGCACCUUGUUUGCUAAAACCCAUCUUCAUGUUGAAUUAAAGUUACGUAAUAAGGAAGUAAAUCAGUCAGUUUGUUUGACAACUAUGCUAUAGCAGUUCGAUAUCGGGCAUCAGCUUGGUGAGAAAAGAACGUGUGCAAAAUUUCAGAUUCGCUCCAACUACAUGGCUAGUUCAACUCAGCUCGGCAUGAUCAUAAAUACUUAUAUUCCGUCAGUUUCUACUGGCUGUCAAAAAUUUUAUGAUAAAUUUGGUAUACCCAGUACAGAGUAUAAAAAAACAUGCUUAAGAUGCUUAAUUAUAAAUUAGCAAAGCUUAUUUGCCUCUUUGGUGGUAUACGCUGUUUACUAGUGAUUAUCAGUUCCAAACUUGUUCGUUCUAAUAUUGUUAUAAACAAACAUCUCAUUUCGGCAGCAGAUAACACGAAGUUAGGUGUUAAAUUGAUGAAUGGUUUUUGUUAGUGUUGCAUAUUUGACUUUCUGAUAAGAAUGGCAAUUAAAUAUUUCCUUUGCGUCAGCAAUGUGUACAUCCCAAGCAGCGAAAAGUCAUACAAUUAUUCUAAUCAGUUUGGUGAACCUCACACUUGCGUUUUAAGUAUCAUAUUCCUGUACGCCGACAAAAAGAGUACUCCAUUUGACAUGAAUAUGGAGCAAUUGAAGACAUUUUUUUUUUGUACUCCAUAUUGCUUAUUUCAGACGUUUCCUUCACAGCUUGCUUGCGACGAAUUUGAUAUUUUUUUUAAAAAGUAUGCGCCAAAGUUCAUUUGGGAGCUGAAAGUUAGUUUGCUACUUCCUUUAUUUAGCAAAUUUAAUAAGCAAUAUCUGUGUAAACAAAUAUACAUACAUAUGUAGCUGCGGCGCAAUAUUUUCAAAUUAGCAGGAUGUGAUUGCUGCCAAAUCUACUGGGAUGACGCCAAGUAUAACAUUGCAAUCAUUGAUAAACUCGCGUAUCUCUGUAGAUGUAUGUAUAUAUACGUAUAUGUACACAUAAAUUAUGUGCACGCCACGGAGAAGCUCUAUCAGCCUAAGACUGCCUGAUCUGGUGGGUUUGCCGUAAUUUGAUGAGUUAAUGUCAACUUGUGCUUUAAGAGGUUUUUAUCUUAUCAGCCAGCAAAGCGGCAAGUCAAACACCCUGUAAAUUAUUUAAAAGUACUUAAACAACUAUCCGUUCUAUUCGAGCUGAGCGAUGCUAACUAAUGAAUAACGCUCCGCUAUUAUAAUUAGUCGCUUUUUGAACUUCUAUCGGGCAACAUAAGCUGGAAGCUACUGCUGUUGAAUUUGCUUAACACUUAUCAGUUCAGAGUUUUAAAAUAUUAUUUAUUAUUUACGAUGGCAGACGCAUUGGUCACUGAGGAACUCCUGUACGAGGAAAAGCCGCUUUAUGUGCCACCACUGCAGGAAUUAAAAGAAAUUAUACAAAGUGCUUUAAGUAAAAACUUUGAGAAUGUCACCGUUGAAGUUGGUGACUGUCCCGAUUUAACCGAUCCAUUUUAUGGUUUGCUGAGCUCAGGCUUAGGUGGCUCCCCCGUGCUGCUGGAAGUAGGCGGUCCACCAUUCUUGUUGCCACUGGUGCAGCGCUCCAAAGUGUACAAUGUUAAGGAAAUCGUGCAGAAGGCCCUUCCCGGCAAGGGUAAACUAUUGGCCAUUGGCGCCGGUGCUGGACCCUUCCCUUUGCGUAAUACCAAUUGUGAAGGCAUCUUCAAUAUGGCCAUCGAUGAGCAGGGUACUCUCAAAAACGGCAGCUACACAGCUAAAGUGCACGGUGCCGAAGAGGUGUGUGUGUUGGAACGCAUUCCCGACUCAGACCCACGUUGUGCUUUGCUAUUGAAUUUAUACAUUAGUCGUGGUGCCCCCGGUCCAGUGGUGAAGGUCAAGUGCAGCAAACGUACGGGUGAGCAGAAUUUCGUCGAAUGCGUGCGCAAGGGCUUGGAGGCCCACUACAAGGAUAAGUGUGUGGGUAUGGGUGGUAUUUUCGUGUUGAAGAAGGGCGCAGCACAUCAGCACGUUAUGCGUGACUUCAGCAAGACGCCACUACAUUCCGAAGAGGAGUUGAACAAUUGGUUGAAGUUCUACAAUAUGCCAGCGCAGCUGAAUGCUGUGGGCACAUUGCUUACAAACGAACAUGGUUUAGAUUUGCGUCUCCAGCACUUCCACUCCUUCUCCAAGUCCAACUGGGGCGGUCAUUAUCAUCAUGACACCACCCCGGAUGAGGCUGAAUACGAGGCUUAUCUGAAUGUGGCUGAACGUGUGGUGCGUGUGGAUCGUCCUUUGGAAUCUCAUCAAAUUGGACGUGAUUAGGGGCUGUAGAGACUUACAUAUGUAGAAUAAGAAAUCUCUCGUGAUUUGAAAUCUGAGAGGAUCUGAAAUGAGAGAAAAAUCAAGCAGUUAAUUUUUCUAACUGUUUUGACCAAUCCAAUUGUUAAGCAUUUGUACAUAAAAUAUAAUUUUGUUGUUUAUAAAAUAAAUAGUAGGUAAAGAA